AUGCAAGGUGCAAAGUCCAAGUCGUAUCGAAAGCUUCCUGCAGUACAGCAGAGGGCUGGGCCGAAGGUGGUCGAAUUUCGCGACGAUGAAGAAGAUCAGUUCGAUGGGAUGGCUCGGCGACUAAAUGCGUCGCAGCUGCGGCAACGGGCCGCAGAGCUGCUGAAGGUGCGCGAGACGCUGCCCGUCUACCGCCACCAGCAGAGCAUCAUGGAGCACCUCAAUUCCAACCCCGUGACAAUCCUGAUCGGUGAGACGGGUUCCGGUAAAUCGACACAGUUGCCGCAGCUGCUGCUGGCACAGCUGAAGGAGGAGGACAAGAAGGGCGCAAUUGCAGUCACACAGCCAAGGCGGGUGGCCGCGGUGAGUCUGGCCACGCGUGUCGCGCAGGAGCACGGCUGCAACCUCGGCGACGAGGUCGGCUACUCCGUGCGUUUCGACAGCUGCGCACAUCCCAGCCGCACACGACUGAAAUACCUGACCGACGGUAUGCUGCUGCGCGAGCUUAUCCAGGAUAAGAACCUGCGCAAGUACAGAUACGUGGUGAUUGAUGAGGCGCACGAGCGCACGAUUCUGACGGAUCUCAUUUUGGGCUUCCUGAAACAGUUGCUACGGACAACGAGGCCGGACCUGCGAGUCCUUGUCAUGUCGGCCACGCUGCAGGGGGACAAGUUCAGCGCGUUCUUCGACGGUGCCCCCGUGCUGUUUGUGGAAGGCCGCAAGUUCCCGGUCGAGAUCCGCUACCUGUCGCAGCCGUGCGAGGACGUCGUGGACGCCGUAGUGCGCUGCUGCGUGCAGAUAAACAGCGGCGAACAGCUGGGGGAUUUACUGUGCUUCAUGCCCGGCCAGGAGGAAAUCGACAAGGCUGUCGGCGUGCUCGCCAAGAUCAGCGAACACCUGGACCCCGGCGUGCCGCGCAUCACCGCGCUCCCGCUGUACGCCGCGCUCCCGCCCGCCGAGCAGGCCAAGGUGUUUCUCCCGCUCAAGGGCUUCCGCCGCAAGAUCAUCCUCUCCACUAACAUCGCGGAAACGUCCGUCACCAUCGCCGGCGUCAAGUACGUCGUCGACACCGGCCUCCGCAAGUGCAAGGUCUGGCGCCACCAGCUCGGCCUCGCCACCCUGCUCACCGUGCCCAUCUCCAAGGCCAGUGCCUCCCAGCGGGCCGGCCGUGCAGGCAGAGAGAGUGCGGGGAAGUGCUUCCGCCUCUACCGCGAGGCAGACUACGAGCAACUGCCCGGCCAGAGCGAGCCGGAGAUAGUCCGCUGCGACGCCACCGCGCCCCUGCUAAUGCUCAAGCAGAUCGGCGUCGAUGACCUCCUCAACUGGACCUGGCUGGAGCACCCAGGCCGCGACUCCAUCGUGCAGGGCCUCCAGGAACUCUACCAGCUGGGCGCGCUGGACGACAGCGGCGCCAUUACCGACGACGGGCGUAAAAUGGCCCUCUUGCCGCUGGCACCGCACCUGAGCCGCGUGCUUUUGGAGGCACGCCGUAACCAUUGUCUCCCGGCCGUGCUCGAUAUCGUCGCGUGCCUGUCCGUCGACAACCUGCUGCUCUCCCCCCCGCCUGAGGCCAGGGACGAGGUCAACGCCCGCCGCGCCGCCGCCUGCCCCCGCGGCGCGCGCUACGGCGACCUGCUCAUGCUCAAGGAGCUCUACGACCACUACGCCGCGCUGCCCGCGCCCGACCGCGCCGAUUGGUGCCGCCGCCUCUGCGCCAGCGCCCGCGGCUUCCGCGCAGCCGCGAAAACUCGGGCCCAGCUCCACCGCUACGCCGCCGCGCUCUUGCACUGGCGCCCCGAGCCCGCCGCGCCUGCGGCUGACCUGCACGCGCCCCAGAUCGCCGCCGUCGUCAAAAGCUUCCUCGCCGGCUUUGCGAGGAACACCGCCAUACGCAUGCCCGACCGUUCCUACAGGACUACCUCCCACGGCGAGCCUAUCAGCAUCCACCCCUCCUCGCUGCUCUUUUUCUCCACCUACGCGGCCGCCGACCGUCCGUCCGCCCCUGCCCCUGCCAUCCUCUACGUCGAGUACGUUUUUACCUCCAAGGGCUACGCCCGUGGGGUAACCAGAGUCGAGCUCGACUGGCUACAGGAGCUGCAGCCCAGGGCCCUAGGCAAGCGUUCCGCCCGCUAA